CAGACAGGCAGACGGGCAGGUAGACAACCGAGGCGCUUCCCAGCCGGCUAGUAACCAGGCUGGCUCACGAAACUCACAAUAGCAAGUGUCCUACUAAAAUACGGAACUACUAAGCUCGCCAUGGGGGAUGUUGGUGACGUUUUGAUGUCGAUUUUGUCCACAAUCCGCGUCCCAAAGCCCGGGGAUCGCGUCCACAAAGACGAAUGCGCGCUGUCAUUCUCCUCGCCGGAGAGUGAAGGAGGCCUGUAUGUGUGCAUGAACAGUUUUCUGGGUUUUGGGAGUCAGUAUGUGGAGAGGCACAAUGCUCGCUCAGGUCAAAGGGCUUACCUGCACAUCACCAGGACUCGUAAGGCUAAGAAGGAAGAUGACAACAAUUCUGGCUCCGGACACCCACCUAAGAAAAAGCCCACCAGGCUGGCUAUUGGGAUUGAAGGAGGUUUUGACGUAGAGCAGGAACUAUAUGAAGAGGAUGUGAAGGUGGUCAUUUUACCAGACAGACAAGAAGUGACUUCAGAGGACCUUUCCACCAUGCCUGACGUUGUGAGAGAGAGGGUGUCUUUGUCAAUGGCGGGCAUCAUGGCAGCUGACUCAGUGUCUCAUACUUUACAAGUUCAGCAGUGGGACGGAGAGGUGAGAAAUGAGUCCAAAUAUGCUGCUGACCUUAAACAGCUCGACAAUGGAGUCAAGAUUCCACCCAGUGGCUGGCGGUGUGAAGUGUGCGAUCUCCAGGAGAAUAUUUGGAUGAACUUGACAGAUGGCAAAUUGCUUUGUGGUCGGAAGUACUUUGACGGCUCUGGGGGCAACAACCACGCCCUUCUCCACUUCCAGGAGACAGGGUACCCACUUGCAGUCAAACUUGGCACCAUCACUCCUGAUGGCGCUGAUGUCUAUUCCUACGAUGAGGAUGACAUGGUGGUGGACUCCAAACUACCCGAGCACCUAGCGCACUUUGGAAUUGACAUGAUGACUAUGGAGAAGACUGAGAGGACAAUGACCGAGCUGGAGAUUGCUGUGAAUCAGCGUGUAGGGGAGUGGGAGGUUAUCCAAGAGUCGGGUACGACCCUGAGGCCCUUGUUUGGGCCUGGCCUGACCGGUAUGAAGAACCUGGGAAACAGCUGCUACCUCAAUUCUGUCAUGCAAGUGCUCUUCACUGUUCCAGACUUCGAGAGCAAGUACGUGUCUAAUAUUGACAAAAUAGUUGAUGAUGCGCCAAGUGAUCCAACUCAAGACUUCAAAACGCAAGUGGCCAAGCUGGGUUAUGGUCUGGUUUCAGGAGAUUAUUCCAAACCAGCACCAGACCAUGGAGAUGAAAAUGGUGCAUCUGAACCCAGGGGAGACCAAAUUGGAAUAGCACCACAAAUGUUCAAAGCACUUGUUGGACGGGGACACCCAGAGUUCUCCACUAAUCGACAACAGGAUGCUCAGGAGUUUUUAUUGCACUUCAUAAACAUGGUGGAGAGGAACUGUCGUUCUGGGGCCAAUCCAUCCGAAGCAUUCAGGUUCCUGGUGGAGGAGAGGAUUGUGUGUCAGCAGUCACAAAAAGCCAAGUACACACAGCGGGUGGAUUACAUUGUUCAGCUGCCCGUACCCAUGGACCAGGCUACCAACACAGAAGAGCUUCAGGAAGCAGAGCGCCACCGUGAGGAGGGGGACACGUCAGCUCCUACAGUGCGAGCACAAAUCCCCUUCACAGCCUGCAUGGCAGCUCUGAGUGAACCAGAGGUUCUCACAGAUUUCUGGAGCUCAGCUGUCCAAGCCAAAACUACUGCAACCAAAACAACCCGCUUUGCCUCUUUCCCCGACCAUCUGGUUAUCCAGAUUAAGAAGUUCACCUUUGGCCUUGACUGGGUGCCCAAGAAACUGGAUGUGAGCAUAGACGUUCCCGACACCCUGGAUCUCAGUGGACUGCGUGCCAUGGGCCAGCAGCCCGGGGAGGAGCUCCUACCAGAGGUUGCCCCGCCCCCACUCAUGACCCCAGACGUGGAGGUUAAAGGUAUCCUGGGUUCCCAUGGCAACGAUGAGGACGACUCGCUCUACUCCCCACUGCUGUCUCCAGUCCUCGAUGACUCCACUGUGUCCCAGUUAUGUGAAAUGGGAUUCCCAUUAGAGGCCUGCAGAAAAGCGGUGUAUUACACAGGGAACACUGGAAUCGAUGCUGCCAUGAACUGGAUUAUGAGCCACAUGGACGAUCCAGACUUUUCAGCUCCCCUGGUGCUGCCCGGCUGCAGCUCCGGGGCCGGGACGACACCCACAGAGAGUCUGUCUGAAGAACACCUGGCAACCAUAGUUUCCAUGGGCUUCAGCCGAGACCAGGCAACCAAAGCACUUCGAGCAACGAGUAAUGUUCUGGACCGCGCUGUCGACUGGAUCUUCUCUCACCUGGAUGACCUGGAGUCCAUGGACGUGUCUGAAGGAGGACGCUCGGCUGCAGAAAGCGAGGGAGGCAGGGAGCCUCCUCCUGGACCUCGCGUCAGAGACGGAGAAGGCAAGUACGAGCUGUUUGCGUUCAUCAGUCACAUGGGGACGAGCACCAUGUGUGGCCAUUAUGUCUGCCACAUCAAGAAAGACCAACAAUGGGUUAUCUUCAACGACCAGAAAGUGUGUGCUUCAGAGAAACCUCCAAAAGACCUGGGAUACCUCUACUUCUAUCGUAGAGUGGCUGAAUGAGAAAAGAGCGUUCAGAGGGGAGGAGCAGAAACGUGGACGCUAAAAGACAACAAACAAAGUUCUUACAAAUGCCCUGGCACGCUUCACAACUGACGAAAGUGUAAAUAAGUGUCUCAAAUUGCUUAUAUAUACACAGUUAAAUAAAUUGGUGCAGAUGUACAGAUAAUGUGUUGGGGAGGGAGGGGGGGCUGCCUCUUUUGAUCCACUGAUUACAAGCCAUAGGCCUGACUGAGAAGCAGGUUUGGGUUGUUUACCAGAGCAACUGGGCUGAGUAAAACCGAGAGCCACCUGAUUCCUGGUAACGCACGUGGACCACGUUUUACUCAGAACAUCUAUUUAGAUAACUCGUAAAACCUGCUUCAGGGAACAACUGCAAGCAUUACUUUGCUGAGUCCUCUCACUCCUCAUUGAUAAGUUUACUCGGCUGUCACCAUUAUUCAUACUCCGACUAUUGAUUCCCACUGCCGUCGGUAGUCACUGCCCUUUUGCGUCUAAGUAUGUUGCUUUCUGGGCCCUCUGGUUUCUCUGAAUGGUUGCAGUCGGUGUCAUUGGUUCAUUAGACACUUUGACCUGUUUGAGACAAAAAAAGGAAUCCACCAAUACAAAAAAUGUCAAAGUUGGAUAUUACAAGGAUCUCACAAAAGUUAAAACUUCACUUAAAAGUUUGGUGAAGGUUUUACUUGAGGUAUUCCUGUUUUACUUUGUUUUUAUUUUGAAAACAUGCUUUGUUACUUCUGCUGUGAGAAAUAAAGAAUUGUCUUUCUGUCA